AUGAAACAUGAAAGGAACUUAAAAAGGAACUGGACAGCAAGGAAAAAAAGGAACAUCCAUUGGAAAACGGAACAACUAAAGGCCCUCACCUUCAUAGCACGUACUGAGGAAAUUUCAAACAUGACUGGUCGCAAUGCUGUCAGUGAUAUGCUUGAAAAAUUCCCUUAUUUGGAGUAUGAAAAAGUGGUAAGGAUAAAUAUUUGUUAAGAACACUGUAGCCUGCAAGCAAGCUCUCCUGGGGUGAGAGCUUCUUCCAUUCCCCGAGAGAGCUUGCUCUCAUAGACUUCAUUGUCUCUGUAGUGGGGCCUAAGAACUGCUAAUAAACUGCAAACAGAUAACCUUUACGAUUCAGGACACAAAUAGGGAGCUGCACUGUGUGGACAGAAAAAAAGGAGGGAUUACUUAAUGUGUUGAAAAGUGCUUUCCACAACACAGAGAGAUGAAAAAGCUCUAUGAACUAUAACUAACGUCAGGAAUCAUUCCACAUCUUAACACUCUGCAUUCAUAGAUAAAUGGGUGUUAAGGCAACCACUAAAGAGUUAUGUCAGUAAAUGUAAGGCAAAUAUAGCAAUCUCAAUCAGUGUUCUAUACAAUGUAUGACGGUUGUAUAUUAUUAGUGCCCAAUUGAACACCUUUUCUCUAUUGAAAUUCAGAUGAUGCGUGCGCUGGUACUUCAAAUCUCAAAGCUCUCAGGAUGAAACCUUUUUCAGCACUGGAGCACUCUAUCAGAAUGCUUUCUAAAAAAACAAGACAUUAGAGGUCAGUGGUAAGUGCUAAUAAAAAGAACCACUCCCAAUUAAAGGGCAACUCUCAGGAAAAUUAACCCUGUUUUAUAAGCUUUCUCUGGUUUCCUUAUGGCCUGUAAUAUACCUCUCUGGUGAAAUUUGUCGCACACUCGCUCUUUGACGCCAUUUUGAAAACACUCGGAUCUCAAAUCGAUCACGCGAUUUUACGUCACAAGUGCGGAACAUGAAUUGUUUUAUGAAGAUUAUAACAGGGAAACGCACCCCAUUUCUCUAGCGAAUAAAGGAGAAAUAGAGCCUCAACCGUUAUAUUAACGUUCGCGAAAUGCAUUUCAAAGAUGGUUUCAGGUUCUUAAUAUACCUGGAUAUUAGAUUCGGCGAUGUAGAUUUUUUUCGCUUCUUUUUUGGUAGUGUGAUUUUGAAGUGGCAUGAGACAUAUCCACCUGAGGUCAAUAAUUGUCAACAGCUGAGCUAAUAAUCUGCACCGUACAAUUCAAAGAGCAUUAUUCCUAAAGAUGUAAAAUUCUGAAGCAACCAUUAAUGCUAACUGAUGGGUGUUGAUGCCCUUUAUUCCUCAUGAAUGACUUGAUUUACUCCAGGGAAAAGCUCUACGUAUCUUUGAAGAGAACUCCGUCACAGGCCGCCGUAGACAACCCGAUCUGAUUCAUGAUACUGACCUUUUGUGUUUUGAUUUUAGUGGGUUGUAACCUUGUCUCAAAUCUGCUGUACCAUCCCUUUAGCCCUGCUUCUAAUUCACUUCUCCCAGAAAGUUACGAUUUAAUGAUUACUAUUACUUUGAAUGAUGACCUCAUGUAAGAAUCUUAUCAAGUUAUUUGAGUUGCGCUCUCAAGAUUGAGGCAUCAAUCUAUUAUGAAACCUGCCCACUAUAAAACUGAAGUGAUAGCAUGCGUGCAUCACUUCUUUGCAAUACUUCCCCUUCCCCAGACCGUCGUAGACACCCCGACCUGAUUCAUGAUACUGACCUUUUAGGUUUUGAUUUUAGUGGGUUGUAACCUUGUCUCAAAUCUGUUGUACCAUCCCUUUAGCCCUGCUCCUAAUUCACUUCUCUCCGAAAGUUACGAUUUCAUGAUCACUAUUAUUUUGAACGAUGACCUCAUGUAAGAAUCUUAUCAAGUUAUUUGAGAUGCGCUCUCAAGAUUGAGGCAUCAAUCUAUUACGAAACCUGCCCACUAUAAAACUGAAGUGAUAGCACGCGUGCAUCACUUCUUUUGCAAUACUUCCCCUUGGGACACAAGUAGGGAAAAAAAAUCAUUAAACCGGUAUUUAAAUCCGCAUCGCAGUAGUUGUGGAAAACUCCUUGAAGGACAAAAAGAGACCACGGGAGCGAGAGAGAAGAGAGGGAAACCAGGCAAGCGCUGCGCGGUUAUGUUUUGUAACAACACCAGCAGAGAGGGAGUAAGUCUCCACCAGUUUCCCACCAAUGAACCCUUUUGGCGCCAGUGGAUUGCUUUUGUCUUAGCAAAGAGGGAUGAUGACUGGACGCCGGAAUCUGGUAAUAUUUGCAGUUCACAUUUUAUGCUAGACUGUUAUGAAGGAAUGGAUGCAAAACUCACAGGGUUUGCUAAGAAGGCUCAUCUGAAGAAGACAGCCAUCCCCACAAUUCAGGCCAAUCCCACCCCUGGACAAAAUCAGGAAGCGCUUUCUCUUAAGAGAAAAUGUACACCUGCGGCAACGCAGGGUGAUUCAAAGUGGCAAGUUCAACAAAAGGGGGAUAUAACACCAAAAAGUCAUCAACAUAGAUCCAGUCGAGCCUUGUCUAAACUUACCGCUCAACGUUGUGUUUCUUGUUUAGAUAGCUUGGAUGAAUAAAAAGUUUCUAAAUAAUCUAAAUCUUUUACGGGAUCAUAAUCAAAACGCGACAAUGUGUCUAUACGAUACAAUGAUACGAUUUACUGAAAUCAGGCAAAAGGUUAUGGCGGAACACACCAACAAAAAACUGCUCUCGUUUACAAAGUUAAUGUGUGGAGUUUUUUUUUUUUAAAACAAAACAUUCUUUGGUUAUUACGGCUAGUGGUAGAUUAUAAGAAGACGCGAAAAAAACAAAAGACCACUGAUAAAGUACCAGGACCAUCCAAAAGUGACAACAGACAACCAACAAGUAACAAUCAACCUGAAGUUUCCCAAACCACGGAUCUUGCACAGCCCUCAACAAGUACAUCUGGUGACACUUAGUGUUCAGAGAUUGGUGCAGGGCAAGAAGAACGAAGUCAGGCUCGGGAGUUUCAAACAGCUAACAAGGGAACUCACAAAGGACUUUGCCGCCCAAUCUGUCGCAGCAAAGGUAGAUUUUAGUCUUAAUUAUAUAGUAAAAAAUAAACGUGUUUACUAAGGGUUUAGCCAUCUUUUCAAACAUUCUUUGCAAUGAGACUAUUUUUGGUGAUGAAGGUUUUUAAUCAGAGGUACCCAGAUUUCUCUAAAGUCCAACACAACGGUGAAAAAUGGGACUCAGUGCUACAUAGCAAAACUUCCUCCAUUAAUACUGCUCCCAACUUUAUGUAAGGAGGCAGAAAAUCAAACAGAUUAUGCACCUACGCCGGAGCUACCCCGCGUCCUUUGA